UUCCAUCCUGGAGCCCGCCAUCGCGAAUCCCUCCGCUCUCGAGCCUCAGCAGCAACGACGUGGCCGCGGGAGUCGCGCCAACUGGGCGGCACCCGUCUUCAUUCAACCCCCAAGCCGGCACGAUGAGUAACCGCCAUCUGCCGGCUGGGCAGAACAUACAGGGAGGAGUUGGCGGUAUGCCUGGUGUCGACAUGUCUGGUGGUCUGGGAGGCCCUCGCAGGAGGCAGCCCCCUCCCUACGUCCCACAGUAUCACCAUCAACCCCAGCAUCAGCAUCACCAGCAUCAGCAUCAGCACCAACACCAGCACGUGAACCCCAUGUAUGCCAACUACAUGCCAUAUUCGCCCCAGCAGUACUACGGCAUGCCGCCCCAGUACCAGAAUGGCGGCAUGCCUCAUCAGCCCGGAUACAUGCCAUAUCAGAACUACGCCCGAUCGCCUCCCUCCAUGCACCAAUACGUCCCCAUGGUCGGCGUCACUGUGCCGCCCAGCUAUCCUCGUCCCGCCCAACAGUCGCCUGCUCUCUCCACGCCCUACCAGCCUCCGCCAGUGCCGGCUCCGAUCCCGCCUCAUACCCCAUCCUCGACCCACUCGUCGCAAAUGCAUCAUCCCCCGACUCCCCCGACUCCCCAGACAAGAGAGCCGAUCCCCCCCGUUGUUGCUGCGCCGGAGCCGUCUCCUGUGGAAGUGCCUAAGGAGCCUUUCCGAGCACCUCUGCCUUGGCUCUCAAGACCUGACUCGGAUUUCCCAGUCAGAACAGCAAAGUCGAGGCGCCGGAGAAAGCCACUCAACGCGAACAGCCAGGCUGUCUCCCUCCCGGUUGAGCAACACGAAGCCGCCGCGGAACAAAUUGAACAAAUCACCGGACCAGAGUCGACACCGAAGGAUUCCCCUGCCUCCACCCAACCCUCCAUUGUCUCCGAUGCGCGAUCUGAAACUCAACGUCAAUCCGCUGAGGCUGUUCCUUCUACGCCCACAACCCCAAUCUCUCUCCAACAACGUUCUCGGGCCAACACAGCCACCAGCGCUACGCCCACAGCUGGUGGCAAGCCCGCUGCUCGCUCUGGCGCGCACCCCGUUCCUGCCGUUCCUGCCCUCCCUAAGGGCAGCGCCAAGGAUACCAAACCUGCUCGCGCUGAAAAGCCAGUGAAUGGUGAGGUAGCUGCUGAGAAAGCGGCACAGGUCACAGCGUCCGCUGAUGUCGACAUCGCUCCAGUUGAGCAUGAUUCCAUUGCCCCCGAAUCUGCUACCAGCGCUCCAGCCAAGGCUCCUCCAUCAAGCUGGGCGAACCUUUUCGCGAAGUCUGCUGCUGCAGGGAAGUCUACUGGGCCCAAUGGCUCCUCAUCUGGAGCUGAGGGCACCAAUAGCCACGAUGCUGAUGGCGUUGUUGGAGGCCCCAAUGGCUCUACUGCAAGCUUCUCCAAGGCCAACGCAAGCUCGGUGGCGGAAGCCAUUUACGCGUAUCACGUUGGUGGAGGUGACAAGAUUUCGUUCCUUGAGCCCCGUGGCUUGAUCAACACCGGGAACAUGUGUUACAUGAACUCGGUCCUCCAAGUUUUGAUGUUUUGCGUUCCCUUCUAUGACUUUUUGGAUCAAGUGAGCAAGCGAGCUGUUCACAGCUUCAAAAGUGAGACACCUCUGAUCGACGCCAUGAUCAUGUUUAUGCAUGAGUACAAGUUGAUCAAGUCGGCUUCAUCCGCCGAGGCAUUGAGACGUGCCUUGAAAAAUGAAGAGCUUGAGCGCUAUGGCGAGCCCUUUACCCCUGACUUCGUUUACGAGGCCAUAAAGCAGCUUUCCCGGUUUGCCAGCAUGAGGCGCGGUCAUCAGCAAGAUGCUGAGGAAUUCCUCGGGUUCCUGCUCCAGUCUCUCGAUGAUGAAUGCACUUCAGUCAUGGGCAGUUCGUUGUUUUCAGGCAUCUCAGAGGCCACCCCAGGUCAGGAUGCUGCCAAUCCUGCUGGUGACUGGCUUGAGGUGGGCCGAAAGCAGCGUGCGGCUGUGACUCGGUCGGCUGGUUCAAACUCGUCAACCCCAAUCACCAAGAUCUUUGGUGGCCUGUUGAGGUCCGAGUUCCGAGUGCCAGGGCUCAAGGAUUCCAUCACCACCGAGCCCUAUCAGCCGCUCCAGUUGGAUAUUGGCUCGCCAGAUGUGCGCAACGUGGUGGACGCCUUGCGUGGACUAACCCGACCUGAGCGUAUGCAAGGAAACUUCAACUCGCCCCGUGGCAAGGAUGUGACAGCCACCAAACAGGUUUUCAUCGAGUCUCUUCCCCCCGUACUCAUUCUGCACCUCAAGCGAUUCCAGUUUGAUGCAGAGGGCAACGGCACUGUCAAGAUCUGGAAGAAGAUUGGAUAUCCCUUGGAUCUUGAGAUCCCUCGCGAAGCCCUGUCUCGACAGACACGUCAGACUCUGGGUGAGGGAUCCAUGCCCAAGUACAAGCUGAUCAGCGUGGUGUACCACCACGGCAAGAACGCCAGCGGUGGUCAUUACACCGUUGAUGUGCGACGUCAAGAGGGCCGGGAGUGGAUCCGCCUCGACGACACCAUCAUUCGACGAGUGCGGAGUGAUGAUGUUGCUGAGGGUGGCGAAGAGGAGGGAAUCAAGGACACUCGCAACGAGAGUCCUGCUCCUGGUGCCUCGGGCAAUCGAUUUGGCACUAUGAUGGAUGAGGACACGGGAGACGAGGACGGGUGGAAGCAGGUCACAACUGCCCCUGGGGGGAAUAAGCAACGAUGGAGCAGUGUUCUCAAUGGCGCUAGCAACGGCAGUGGGAAGGGGAAGCAGGUCAAGGACAGCAUCAAGGACAACAAGGUGGCCUACCUGCUGUUCUAUCAGCGUGUAUAAGCCAGUCAUGUUCUUCUAGACCUCUGCUGGU